GCAUGUAUGAGAGCAGAGAGAGAGAGAAACAGAGACAGAGAGGUAUCCUCGACGCCGUCUCUCGUCGCGCCUGCGCUUUUCAUGGAAAAGCUCGGCUCGUUCUCUCGGUCCUCGUCGGUCGUAGCCGUGAUCCUCCGUUCCGCCGGUGUCGCCCACCUCGAGCUCAGUGAGCCGGUGUGUGAGCGCCGCGACGCCUAGAACAGCACUGUCGUCGUCGAACGUUGUCAUCAUCGUUGUCGUCGCCCUCAUCGUCGUCGUCAUCGUCCAUCGUCGUUCCCCGUCAGUGUGGAUUUGGCGACGGUUUCACGUUUUCCCCGAUUCUCGUCCUCCUCGUCGUCGUCGUUGUCGUUGUCAUCGUCAUCGUUGUGGUUCUUUUCGAUCGAGCGCCGUCUGUCCUCGUCGUCCUCGUCGCCGCCUGCGGUCAUCGUCAUCGUCGUUGUCAUUGUCAUCAUCUCAUUGCUCUCGAUCGUAUCACGGUGGUGCUGGACGCUAUCUGAGAGGCACGCGACUACUUGGAGCGAUUCUGUGCGCGAGUCGCAGUCGGCGCGGAAAGAGAGAGACAGAAGAGUGCAGUAUACUACCCCUCGUCCCUCUCCUCCUACUCCGUCUAUCUGUGUCUCCUGCAAUUUCUCUCUUUCUCCUCUUAUUCAUCCUCUCUCUCUCUUUCUCUGUAUAUGCACGCUCUCGCCCUCUGCUGCAACCCUUGCCGCCGUCAUCGCUCUCUCUCUCUUUUUCUCUCUCUCUCUCUCGUUCUCACUAUCAAGUUUAUCGCACAACGGCGUUCCGCUGCUCGUUGUACCGUGUUCGGCCACUAUAUCAUCGUCUUUUUCUCGUUAUCAUUGGCUCACGUGCUACGCUACACAGAUAUACGGCGCUCUUCGACACAGAUCUCGAUUUUCACAUCCCGCGAGUUUUCUCGUCCGCUUCGAUAUCUCUCGACGAGACGACGACUGCAUAGAAGCAAGUGGAACGGCAGACGAGAGCAAAAGGGAUAGAGAAAAGAAGUAAAUCAGAGGGAACGAGGAAGAAAGAGAGAGAAGGGAAGACUGAAAAACGCGACGCGCAGAAGAGGACAAAGGAUGUGUAGACGCCGUAGCAUCGUGCCUGCAGGACCUCCGAGGUGGACAUCCGUGUAAGAAAAUAUAUUCGCGUGACGAGUCCUCAAACUUUUGCCUCGGGCGUGCAUUCUCGUGUAUAGAGAGGGAAAGGGGGGGAGACAGGAAGUGGGGGAGAGAGGAGUCAGGACGCUUGUUACACGGACAGGGAGGGCGUUAGAGCGAGAGCGCGGGAAAGAGGAAGAAAGAGAGAGUGUGAGUGUGUGUAUGUGUGUGUGUGAGAGAGAGAAAGAGGGAUAGAGAAGGAGCGAACGGGAUAGAUAGAGGAGUGGCUGGGAGGGGAACGUACGACAGAGAAGAUAGCGAUGCUCGAACGUGAUGCUAUGCACAACCGCGAGGGUUGUUUCGAACGACGACGGUAAAUCGAAUGAUCAUUUGAUUCCUUUUGGAUUGCGUGAUAACGUAUAACGCGCAGAGUCACGUACUGCGUGUCGCUGCGAGCGCGCCUUGCGGUUGCACGACGGCGAUCAACGCGUCGGCGGAUGACAGGAAACCCGCGAGGGAUACGUCACAGGCCGAUACGUUGUCCCGAUACGUCGAAUCUCGGCACGCUCGCUCGCAAGAAAUCGUGUCGAUGUCUGCAUAUAUAAUCGUUCUUACGUAUUUGUCACAUUUGCUUGCACGCAAUUGUUGGUGUAUAUUUGUUAUAUAUUUGAGAUGAUCGAUGUAUGCACGUUGGUGGUGUUAUUGUCCGACGUCGAUUUGUAUCAUACCGAUAAUGAUUCGUACUCGCGUCACUAAUUGAUUGUCGUAGAUUAAAAAAAGAUCCAAGUAUUAUAUGUAUAUACUUGAAAGUUUAAAUGAUCUUGUCUUUACACAAAACAUCUCAUUAUCAGAAUUAUAUUUUACACGAGUUUUUUAGACAUGGACGGAACAGUUAAACUUAGUCUUAGAUAUCUUUUUUAGAUAUUAUUAAUUUUGACAUUUAAAUUUCUCCCUUCUCGAUUUAUGAUAUUUAUUUAGUGAAUCUCAUUCGCGUUCGUUCCCAAAUGUUGCCGCGUUUAAUUCUAAGUCUUAUGUAUAACAUGAAGAUUCCAUUCAAUGUAACAUCGUGGGAUGAAAAUCAGAUAGAUUUUAAUAUUAAAUAUGCGAUGUGAAUAUGGACUGAUGAUGUAACAUCUGUCCUUGAUGUACCUUUGUAAUAUAAAUGCAUGCGUCUAUAUGGAUAGCUUUUAUAUGAAAAGAAUCAAGAGCCUUUAUAUUAAAACUGAGAAAUUGAUUUAUUUUCAAAGAAAUAAUAUAACAUUUUGUACUAUACAUAUAAGAGCAACUUAUGGCACGCUUUAAUUUAUUUAAACUAGAGAGUGAGGGGUAGAGAGAGUUGAUAGACUAAUAAUGUAUAUAAAUCUAUAAAUAUACUUUAUAUAAAAGUCAUCCACAAUCGAAUUCAAAUAUCCAAGCAGAAAUAUGUGUCACAUGAAUAUGUAAACUAGAUAUUUCUUUAUCUGUGUGCGCGAGUAAUAAAUAAUAAAGAUUUUCGCUACCCUUAGUAUUAUGUCAUUCUUCGAUUUCAUCGCAAGAAAUACACAAUACUUUGCUUCAACCAUGACCUGUUGAAUAUCACAAAAGAAAUUUCCUAUUAUAAUUUCAGAAAAAGAUACAUUUUUUUUCAAUAAAGAUAUUUGGAGAAUUGCAUCGCGCAAAUAAUGAAAUGCACCACAAAUAACAAAAAGUCGGAUAAAUGCGCAUAAAUUCAACGUGAAAAACGAUUGGAGUAACAGUAUUAAUUUCGUAUUAAAUGUUCUAUUGGCUUCGCAUAUACUCGCAGUGUCACUUUUACAUUUAAUAGUUUUUUUUUUUUUUAUUAAUGAAAUUUAACUUGCUGUAUUUUUGCCUCUUAUCCUUUUUCAAUCUUUUUAGAAUGCUCUAUCACAAAAAUAAGCACAUCAGUCUUUUUUAACACAGUAUAUGUUAACAUAUAUGUUAACACGGUAUAUGUGUGAUGAUACACACAUGAUUAUCAUUCAUUCACCGAAUCUUCUCUAUCUAAUACGUACAAAUAAAUGAUGAAAAUAAAAUGUUUGAUGUCUUUCGUAACUCUUCCCAGAAAAAAAAACAAGAUAAUAACUAUUUAUUUGUGCGUAUUCACAAAUUAGAGCAAGUGAUAAAAUGGUAAGUUCAUGCUCAGUCAACACCAUGCUCUAUAUCAGUCUGUUAACAUUAAAAAAAUCUGAUGAUACUUCAGCUAUCUAUAAGUUCAGAUAUGUAUUUCAUUCACGCUUUAAAAUGCUUCUAUUGAUUGAGCCAAAAAGAAUAUUUGUUUGCAUUAAAAGUUUACAUUACACAAUUGAUGUAUAGAUUAGAUUUUAUAAACUUGACGUGGUAAAUCAAAGAGAGCAGACAAUUUAAUUUAAAUAAUAAAAGCAUUUCUUUUAAUAUAAACAGACAUCACAUAAACAAAUAAAAAUACAAAUAGUAUUGAUACGAAUGAUAAAAUCAUUUACAAGAAAUCUCAUAGUUUUUCUAUUUGAGAAAAAUGAUGAUAAUUAGUCUCUCUCUUAUGAUUUUCAAUCUUAUAUAGAGCGUUACAUUAACAAGAAAAUGCCAAAUGCAAAUUUGAAUUUAAAAUGAAUAAAAUGGAAAAAAUGUGUAAUAAAGAUAAAAAAUUGUAAAACUUGUGGAAAAAUAAUGUGUGAAAUACUAUAUGAAAACAUAUAAUGUUUGUGUAAUAACUAUAAAUCUUUCUUGAAACUACUGACGAGAGAUAAAUCAGAGAGAUAACAUCUGCAAAAUAGCACUUCAAAUGUAACGCGCUAUGUAACCGGAUAUAAUCUCGUGGCGAAGCACGGACUUUUGGCUCUUGUGAUUUAUCAACGCGUUUUACACGAUGUCGGGCGAGGAAAGCUGAUUAUUUUCGGCGUGAAUUCAGAUCGCUCUCGUUGCGAAAUGGAACGCUUUUAACGGUGCUUACACCGUAAAAUAGGAAGCUGAUACCAGGCGCGUAUCAGCGUUAUCGCAUAAUAUGAAUUUAUACGACGAUGCCUUUCUAUUACGACCGGCGAUGGUGGCAGCGACGGCGGUGGAGUAAUAUUACCAAGUCGCCCCGUUGUAAUGUAUAGCCGUAUACGUGCGGCUCUUUCUCUCUCUCUCUCUCUCUCUCUCUUUCUCUCUCCGCGGCCCAUAAAGCGAAUAAUAUAGCUCGCACGCAAAAUGAAAUAUUUCAAUUGCGGGACUCGCGGUAAUUGUGCGCGCGAGCGCGUCGUUUCAAUUAUCCUAACGAAUUACGGCGAACGCGAAUUUCGACGCACGCGCGGAUUCCAAGAGCGGAUCUCACGCGCCCGGUCUUCGAUCGAGCGAUCCGGAUGUGACAUUCAAAAGGACGCGCGGGGAAUAUAAUGAAUAUGUAAAUAUUCAACGGUGUGCACGGCACGUUGCCGCUUGUAAAUAGCGGAAUGUGUGUAACAGGUGGUGCGAUGUCUGUCUCGCCCGGUGUCUCGCUCUUAACAAUGACGUAUAGAUCGACUGCGGGCCGCGAUGAUGUAAUACUGACGGGUGGAUAUGGGCCUUCGGGCCCUCGCAACGACGCCGUACACGACGUAUCGAGUUCCUCGCGCUUUAUUAUAGCUGGUGUUCACGAGCACCGAAUGCACACGCCCGUUCCUUUGUUCGUUCGUAUGCGAUACACACAUGCGUGCGUUCGUAUACAAGAUACGUAUACAAGACGUGCAACACGCGGGGUCUGCGGGCGCAGAACGUGUACGACGGGCAAUAAAAGUUAACGGCGCAUUCCUACGAUCGCACGCCAUCGCGCAAUAAAAAUUUUACGCGAGCCAUAAAUAAUUACAACAAAUACACGUAUCGUUUCUUCUCGAUUGUUCGUCUGAAGCCUGAAUUUUCGGGUUAUCGUUCCGCCCACUCGUUAGAACCUCGAACCUCGACACCGACACUCGUUUUUACUCUCUUUCUUCGUCCUUAUAAAGAAACCUUUCCAGACCCCUAUAGGAGUUACGCGAAGUUCGAUUUUAUGAACGGCAUAUGAAAUGCGCGAACUCGCGCUUUGCGCAACUUUUGCAGCUCGUAUAUAUAAGGUUUCUUUUUAAUUAAUUUAUUAAUGCAAACUAAAAGUUAGAAGCGUAAUUAAAACGAACUUGAUAGAGAGGUGCAAUGAUCAAAUAUACAAGCGCAAGUGCAUAUAAUUCAUUUUAGUUAAUUCAUUAAUUUACUAAAAUUAUAAAAUUUUGCUAAUAAUAUGUAAAUCGUAUUUUUAUAUAUGCACACACGUUUUGGGGAGAAGAGAUUUACGUUCAAAAUUAUAAUCUUCGACGAACGAAUAGGAACGAUAAAAAGCAAUAUGAGGAUACUACAAUCGGUACGCGAUUCGAAAGUUAAACCCAGGCAAUAAAGAGCGUAUCAGAUAGCCGGAUGAAGUAUACUAGCAACAAAACUCAUCAACAUGGAUUACAGUUUCGCUUUACAUCCCGCAGACUGCUGUCAACUAUGAUAUAAUCGUCCCUCCAACUUCCUCUCGACCUCCUCAUCAUCGACGCAUCGUGACUACAUUGUCGUCCACGCUGCAAGAUGAACAAACGAUUUCUGAGGAAGUACGUAAUGCGUUCGAUGCGCUGUGAGACAACGAGAUGAAAUCGCGCGGUGUUAUUAUUCGAAAGAUCUGAAUCGAUUCGCGUCGCGUCGGGUAAAGCUCGACAGUGGUGAUGCGCGGCCAGAUAAUCAUGAUAACCGAGCGUGUUUUUAUCGCAAUGUUGACAAAACAGUCGAGGAACGUAUACGAAACGCACGUGUGAUCCUGCAUCGAGUUGACUAGCCGCUUGGAUCCCACGUGUGCAAGCACGGACGCAUCCUUCGAAAAGCAGAUCAUUCUCCAGUAAUCGUUUCAGAAUGAAUGUAACGGCAAUAUAUAACGUUGCGACGAGCACCGCGGCAAGCGUCAUCAGUGCCCAAUCUGAAAUAGAAUUGAACAAGGCGUUAAAUGGCGUCAUCGACGCUAAUUAUGUUUCGCCGGUCACCUUGUCGUCGGCCUGGUCCAGAGUCGCCCGACUUCUGUUGUUGGCCUCUCUCGCCGUCGGCGGGAGCGUGGGCAAUGUCUUCAUGAUAUCCGCCGUUGUAGUAGAAGAUCAGCUCAACAAACGAGGAAACGCAUUCCUCGUGAACGUGGCGCUGGCGGAUUUGGUGGUAACCGGACUGGUAAUACCGGUCUCGGUAAUUGUAAUCCUGGCGGGCCACGAAGAGUCCCUGGCUACCUGCCGAUUCGAGUGGACCCUCGAGGCCCUUUGCUUUUUGGUGACCGUACUGACGCUGGCCGCAAUCGCCUUCGAAAAUUACGCACGUCUGUGUCUGCCCGCCGAAAGAUACGCCAAUGUAACAGCAUGCCAUAUAACAGCCGUAAUUGUUAUCCUCUGGCUGCUCGCCGUGAUUGCGGUAGUCUUACAAUCAACCUUCGACGUGGGUCCUGACUUUUGUCGUCGCAGGCUCGACGGCAUCGCAAUGGAGCAAGUGGUGGGUGCGAGUCUGCUGGUCGGAGUGCCUGCUCUGAUAACGAUUUUCUUCUACGUGAAGCUGGUGAUGCGCGUGCGACGUGCCACGCGGACGUACAAACCUCCGGCCGCCUUCUCCUGGGACUACGAGCUUACCAAGACGAACAUGUGCAGCUGCGUAAUGUUCGCCGUGUUCUGGCUGCCGUUCGGUUUGGCGGUCUGCGUGAAUUCCUUCAGGCCGAUCAGCAUCCCUGUGCUCUACAAUCUGGCCUGGUUCGCUCUGUCCAAGUCCUGCUUCAACAAUCUACUCUAUUGCGUGGCGGACCGCCACUUUCGCAGCGCUUACGUCAAGCUCUUCCACUACUGCUGUUGCAAGACCACGGUGAGCUUUUCAAGGAGGCCGCGCGGCGGCGAGGGCGGCAGAAAUUCCAGCGAUGUGCGUCUUAGAGUGCAUAUUAUUCACUCGUACGCGAGUCCGUCGUCCUGUCGGCCGGCUGUGGCCAGAGCGAACGGACGUGACGUCUACGAGCUCUAGACGCGACGCAACGCACGUGCAGGACGCACAAAACAGGAUGAUAAAGAUAUCCUCGUUACCAUCUGUCUGGACCCGCUUUGCUGCGCAAUGAGAGUCCAUUCUUGCGAGAUGAGGCAAUCAUUGUGUCGACGCACAAACGACAUCGCACCGGGACUGUCUCCGG